CCUUUGUGGCUGGAAGCGCUGGAUUGAGGAGGCAGGCAGAGAGGGAAAUCAAACCCUCCCAGGAGCCCUGGGGACGCCGCCUGAGGGGCUCUAUGACAAUGGACAAGGAUGAAAAUAUUCGUAUUCUCCAGCAUCGGUUGGCUGUCGCAGGGCAAAGCCACUUACUUCAGUUUUGGGAUGAACUCAGUGUAGCAGAACAGCAAGAGCUAUAUAUGGAGUUGAAUGCUAUGGACUUGGAGGAGUUGAGCCAGGCUUUCCAAAAGGCCAUGAGGGGUGGCAGCCUUUUACCAGAGAAGGAGAAUGUGGAUAUUAAAAUGGAACCUCUGCCUCGUGAAGUGUUAGGAAGUACAACCCGAGACCAAGAUCACCUGCCAGCCUGGGAGAAGGAAGGUCUCCGACAGAUUUCUCAGAGCAAAGUUGCUGUCCUUCUUCUAGCUGGUGGACAGGGGACAAGGCUAGGUGUCUCAUACCCCAAAGGAAUGUAUGAUGUCGGCCUGCCAUCCCAUAAAACCCUCUUCCAAAUUCAAGCAGAGAAAAUCUUGAAACUACAGCAAUUGGCUGAAAAACAACAUGGUCUCAAAUGUGUCAUUCCUUGGUACAUCAUGACAAGUGGCAGAACAAUGGAACUGACAAGGGAAUUCUUCCAGAAGCACAAAUAUUUUGGCUUAAAAAAGGAGGAUGUAGUAUUCUUCCAACAGGGGAUGCUUCCUGCUAUGGACUUUAAUGGGAAAAUUCUUCUGGAGGAAAAAGGCAAAAUUUCUAUGGCACCAGAUGGCAAUGGUGGUCUGUAUCGCGCCUUGGGAGCUCAUCAUAUUGUAGAGGACAUGGAACAGCGAGGCAUUGGCAGCAUUCAUGUGUACUGUGUAGACAAUAUUUUGGUAAAAGUGGCUGACCCUUCAUUCAUUGGAUUCUGUAUACACAAAGGAGCAGAUUGUGGAGCAAAGGUUGUUGAAAAGACCAACCCCACUGAGCCAGUUGGUGUGGUAUGCCAAGUGGGUGGCCUUUACAAGGUAGUGGAGUAUAGUGAGAUUUCUCUGGCCACAGCACAGAAAAGGAGUCCUGAUGGUCGGCUGCUUUUUAAUGCUGGUAACAUUGCCAACCACUACUUCACGAUGGACUUUCUGAAAGACAUUGUCAGUGUUCAUGAAUCCCAACUACAACACCACAUAGCUCAGAAGAAGAUCCCAUACAUUGAUGUGGCCACUGGGAAACCUUUGACGCCAGACAAACCAAAUGGGAUUAAGAUGGAGAAAUUUGUUUUUGACAUUUUCCAGUUUGCCAAGAAUUUUGUGGUUUAUGAAGUGCUGCGAGAAGAUGAGUUCUCCCCUUUGAAGAAUGCAGAUAGCCAAAAUGGUAAGGAUAACCCCACCACUGCACGGCACUCUCUGAUGUCACUGCAUCACCGCUGGGUUCUCAAUGCUGGUGGUCAUUUCGUGGAUGAGAAUAAGACACGCCUUCCUGCCAUUCCCUGCUGCACUAAUGGAAGAUCAAAUAUGAACCAAGCUGAUGUCAAUCACAAUUUGAAGGAUGCCUGUGAUGUUCCAAUUCAGUGUGAGAUUUCUCCUCUUGUCUCUUAUGGAGGUGAAGGCCUGGAGGAGUUUGUGAAGAACAAAGAAUUCCAUGCCCCCCUGAUUAUUGAUAUAAGUGGGGUCCAUGAAUUGGUGAAGAACGGAGUCUGAGGUCUCCAUGAAGGCUCAUUUUCAAACAUUUCAAACAUUUACGCAUUACUCUUUAGGUUUUUCAGUUGAACGGUAUUUUGUUAAAAUCCAAAGUCUGGCUGUACGUAGAAGGGAUACAGUACCUUUUCCUCUAUGCACCAUGGAGUUAUCUAUUUAUAAAAAAAAUUAAUGUUAAAAAAGGUCACAUGUUGAAUAAAUAGCAGAGAUAUUUC